AUGUUAAGUGAUCUGCAUCCUCCACUUCAUGAGUGUCACCAGUCAGAAGACCUCAUCAUUGGUGGCAUUGCUUCUCACAGUUUCAUCAUCUCCAACUCAGUAGGCUUCACUCAAGAACCCCCGCCAUCAUUGCAUGAAGAGCUUAAAGUGUGGAAGACUCACAUCGUUAAAUGCAUAUUAAGUGAGCUGCAUCUUCCACUGCAUGAAUAUCGCCAGACAGAGGACUUCAUCAUUGGUAGCAUUACUUCUCACAGUUUCAUCCUCUCUACUUCAGUAACCUUCACCCAAGAACCUCCUCCAGCAUUGCACAAAGAGCUUCUUGCAGUGCCUAAGAACUACCAGCAUAUUCUGGCCUUGGCAUUUGCAGUACAGGAGAUCAAUGAAAACUCUCAGCUCUUACCCAAUGUCACUUUGGGCUUCCACAUCUAUGACAGCUACUUCACUCCAAAGCAUACCUAUUAUGCUACAAACUUACUUAUCUCUACGCCUGAAAGAUUUGUCCCCAAUUACAAAUGUGAUCACAAGAAUAACCUAAUUGCAGUCAUUGGGGGACUGGAUCCUGAAAUCUCCCUAAACAUAGCAAAUGUCUUAGAUAUCUACAAGAUUCCACAGCUUAUCUACGGCUCUGCUCCAGUGAUGAAUGAUAAAACCCCAGGACUUUCCUUCUACCACAUGACCCCUAAGGAAGCUCUUCAGUAUAAGGGAAUUCUUUCUUUACUAUUGCAUUUUGGGUGGACAUGGAUUGGGGUCCUUACUAUGGAUACUGACAAUGGUGAAAGGUUUAUUCAAAUGGGGCUUCCAGUAUUCUCCCGGCGUGGAGUUUGUUUUGCCUUCAUAGAAAAAAUCCCCAGACUAACGUUUGUCAAUGAACUUACAAACGUGCUGAAUCAGGGGGCAAAAAUACAUGAUACAAUGAUGGACAACAAAGCCAAUGUCGUGGUGGCAUAUGGAGAAUCUUAUUCCAUGGCAUUUUUAAGAUGGCUUCCAUAUUUAUCAGAACUAGAACAUCCAACAAACACACGGAAAGGUAAUCUUUGGAUAGCAACAGCCCAGAUUGAACUAACUUCAUUUGUCUAUCAAAGAACUUGGGACACAGACCUUUUUCAUGGUACAAUAUCUUUCUCAAUUCACUCCAAUGAUUUACCAGGAUUUCAAUUAUUUGUGCAGAGCAGAAACCCAUACAGCCCCAAAGGAGAUAAUUUUAUCUGGGAUUUCUGGCAACAGGCCUUUGGCUGUGUAUUCCCAAAUGCAGUUCAGGGCAAGGUGGAGGGCGAUAUUUGUACAGGUGAGGAGAAGCUGGAUCACCUUCCUGCAACCUUUUUUGAAAUGAACAUGACUGGUCACAGCUACAGUAUCUACAAUGCUGCCUAUGCUUUGGCCCAUGCUGUACAUGCUCUGUCCUCAUCUAGCCUCAAAUACAGAGCAAUAGUGAACAGAAGAACACUGAACUCUCUGAGUCAACAGUUGUGGCAGCUCCAUCACUAUCUGAGAGAUGUUUCAUUUAACAACAGUGCUGGGGACAAGGUUUCAUUUGAUCAAAAUAUGGAAUCAGAAGCUGGUUUUGAUAUUAUGAACUGGAUUGUUCCCUCAAACCAAUCAAUCAAUACUGUCAGAGUUGGCAGGAUAGAUCCUCAAGCUCCUCCAGAUCAAGUGUUCACUGUCAAUGAAGACAUAAUAAUAUGGCCCCGCUGGUUUAAUGAGGCAAAGCGUCUUUCUGUGUGUAGUGAAGGUUGCCAGCCUGGUACUAGGAAGAAAAUUAAAGAGGGGCAGCCAUUUUGUUGCUACGACUGUAUCCCAUGUCCAGAAGGUGAAAUCUCAACCUGGAAAGACAUGAAUGACUGCGAUAAAUGCACAGAUGAAAAAUAUCCAAACAAAAAACAGAAUCUAUGUAUUCCUAAAGAAAUCAGUUUUCUGUCUUAUGAAGACCCACUGGGAAUCAGCUUAGCCUGUUCUGCUCUCUCCUUGUCUUUCAUCACAGCCCUGGUCCUAGGAAUAUUUACAAAGCACCGCAACACUCCCAUUGUCAAAGCCAACAACCGGAACCUCACUUAUGCUCUUCUCAUCUCUCUCCUGCUCUGCUUCCUUUCUGCACUGUUGUUUAUUGGUGAUCCUAAGAUGGUCACAUGUCUUCUUCGACAGACUGCUUUUGGUAUCAUCUUCUCUGUGGCUCUUUCUUGUGUACUGUCAAAAACCACCACAGUAGUUCUGGCUUUCAUGGCCACCAAACCAGGUUCCAGGAUGAGGAAAUGGGUGGGGACAAGACUGACUGGUACUAUUGUUAUUUCCUGCUCCCUCAUACAAGUAGGCAUUUGUGGUGUGUGGCUGGUAACAUCUCCCCCAUACCCAGAUGUCGACAUGCACUCAAUAGCUGGAAAAAUUGUCCUGGUAUGUAACGAGGGGUCUGUGAUUCUGUUUCAUUGUGUUCUGGGCUAUAUGGGCUUGCUGGCCAUUGUUAGUUUCACUGUAGCUUUCCUUGCCAGGAAGCUACCUGACAGUUUCAAUGAAGCUAAGUUUAUCACCUUCAGCAUGUUGGUCUUCUGCAGUGUUUGGCUGUCCUUUGUUCCAACUUACCUUAGCUCUAAAGGGAAGGGCAUGGUAGCAGUUGAGGUCUUUGCAAUUUUAGCAUCUAGUGCUGGGUUACUGGGAUGCAUUUUUUCACCUAAAUGUUAUAUUAUUGUGUUGAGGCCUGAGCUGAACAAAAGGGAACAGCUAAUCAGAAGAAACCCCUGA